CGGGGAUUUGGGAGAAGUGCGGUCCUGCUGCUGUGUUGAUUCAGAUCUAAAAAAACUGGACUAACAGGGAGUCGCGUCGGUCGCUGCUCGCGUGGAUUAAUUUUUGUUUCGUAGGGGAAAAGUUUUUUCAGCGUGGGGAGAGAUUGUUUUUAAAAACCCGCCUUCAACUCCACCGGCUCGAGGGGGAAGCGUUCGGCGACCCUGGCUGCGACAACACUCGGGGCCCCCUCCCCUCUGCUGCUGCACGAAGUGACGGUUGAUAUGCCACAUCAGUGAUGGAGCCCAUGACGGUAACAACGUCGAUGGUCGGGCCGGACGAGUUCGACCGCAACGCCCCGCGGAUCUGUGGCGUGUGCGGCGACAAGGCCACCGGCUUCCACUUCAAUGCCAUGACCUGCGAGGGCUGCAAGGGGUUCUUCAGGCGCAGUAUGAAGCGCAAGGCCUCCUUCACUUGUCCAUUCAACGGAAGCUGCACCAUCACCAAGGACAACCGGCGCCACUGCCAGGCCUGUCGACUCAAACGCUGCAUCGACAUCGGCAUGAUGAAAGAAUUCAUCCUGACAGAUGAGGAGGUUCAGAGGAAGAAAGAAAUGAUAUUGAAGAGGAAGGAGGAGGAGGCGGCCCGGGAGGCGAUGAGGCCGCGGCUGAACGAGGAGCAAGCUCGGAUGAUUUCCUCUCUGGUGGAAGCUCACCACAAGACCUAUGAUGCCUCCUAUUCUGACUUCUCCCGCUUCAGGCCUCCAGUGCGUGAAGGCCCAGUAACACGCAGUGCCAGCAGAGCGGCCUCCCUUCACUCUCUGUCCGAUGCCUCCUCUGACUCAUUCAACCACUCUCCUGAGUCCGUGGACACCAAGAUGAACUUCAGCAACUUGUUAAUGAUGUACCAGGAUGGCGCCAGCAGUCCAGACUCCAGCGAGGAGGAUACUAAGCUCUCCAUGCUCCCCCAUCUGGCCGACCUGGUCUCCUACAGCAUCCAGAAGGUCAUUGGUUUUGCCAAGAUGAUUCCAGGCUUCAGAGAUCUGACAGCCGAGGACCAGAUCGCUCUGUUGAAGUCAAGUGCCAUUGAGAUCAUCAUGCUGCGGUCCAACCAGUCGUUCAGUCUGGAGGACAUGUCCUGGAGCUGCGGAGGGCCCGACUUCAAAUACUGCGUCAAUGAUGUCACAAAGGCGGGCCACACUCUGGAGCUCUUAGAGCCGCUGGUGAAGUUCCAGGUCGGUUUGAAGAAACUCAACAUGCACGAAGAGGAACACGUGCUGCUCAUGGCCAUCUGCCUGCUCUCCCCAGAUCGUCCAGGUGUCCAAGACCAUGCCCGCGUCGAGCAGCUCCAAGACCGUCUGUCGGAGGCGUUGCAGGCCUACAUCCGCAUCAACCACCCGGGCGGACGCCUCCUCUACGCCAAGAUGAUCCAGAAACUGGCCGACCUGCGCAGCCUGAACGAGGAGCACUCCAAGCAGUACCGCUCGCUCUCCUUUCAGCCUGAGCACAGCAUGCAGCUGACCCCGCUGGUGCUGGAGGUGUUCGGCAGCGAGGUGUCAUAGCAGAGAAGGAGCCCAGCACGUACACCUGUACUCCCUCAUAACACACAGGAUGAUUAACCAACCCUUUCCACCGUUUCCCCCAAGAAAACCUGGCAUUGAUACAUCUCUGGACAUGUGGGAGAAAGACGGAUAAUCAGACAGAUGGUAACAUUCACCUCUUCAUCAUUGGCCCAUUCUCCUCCUCUUCCUCCUGACCUCUAGGAGCGAUACUCAAAUGCCUGGACCUCUGGAUUUUUGGAUUUAUGACACCUGAUGAGGCUGUGGAUCUCUGCAGCACUUUGACAGGCUUUGAAAACACAGUACAGCCUCACAUUUCAUCGCGUCAUGCAGCUGUUGUGAUGUCUGGAACAGAUUCGACAUCCAGAUCCUCUCCACAUCCACAAACUCCAGAUUUGCCUUCUCUCAUCACCACCUUUCUCCACCUAUCACUUCUAGAUCUCUGCCAUGUUUUUACAGUGGAGACAGCUUGAUGGAUGUGACUGUCACAUCCUUUUAUUUAACCAUCAUCUUUUUAACAUCACUUCAGGUUCACAUCAACAGCUCCAUCAAUUACCCAUGCUGGCACUUGUGAGGGCCAGAUAAAUUUCUAGCAGUGUGACUACACUUGUGUUACUUAGUUCCAAGCCAUCAUUGAUCUAGAGUUUGUCUACAGCAAAUACAUCCAAAUAUAUUGAACAUCAACAUGAUGAGCGAUGGGGGAUCUUAUAAUAAUGUAAUUAGGGAUGCACCGAUCUGACUUUGCCACUCCUGGUACAGAUAUUGAUACCCGGGCCUUGGUUAUCGGCUGAUAACGAGUAUCAAUCAAAUAUCAGUGUUAAAUUAAUAAGUGACCAAUCUAAUUAUCAGCUGAAGAACCUGUUAGUGUAGGAAGCAUAAAAUACCUCCAAACUGACCCUUUGAUUUUGCCUCCCUCCAUGCUAUGUUAGUUAGCAAAAUCGACUGUUCUACUGGCGUGCUGCUGACGCACGACGAAUUGAACAGAAUAUAUUGCUCCCAUAUAUUGGCCCUAUUGUCAUCAGAUCCCGAUCCAGUUGGUCAAUAUCAGUGCAUCCCUUGGCGUAAUGGAAAUACUUGGUUCGCUGUUUGAAAAGUACUUGGUGAGGAUGAGAGUCCAGCAGGUGUGUUCUCCUGCUCAGCCCCGUGUCUGUGUGUAGGAGACACCUCAGAUGGUGGAAGGAAGUCUUAAGUCGGAGGGUUUGGGUGAGAUUUGGAGGAUUGAGUGAAGGAGAUGGGAGAGAUGGAGGAUGGAGAUGCUACAGUUGAAAUUUCCUGCUCACCAGACUAAAGGGAAAUUAUCACAAAAAGAAUGUAUGUAUAAUGCUAUAUAAAUAUAAAUGAUACGUAUAAGCUUAUAUAUAUAUCUAUAUAAAUAUAUAUAUAUAGAUAUAUUUAUGAGAGCAAAACGAGUUUGCUUUCAUGAAGCUAAUUGUUCUGACUGUUGUAUAAUGUAGAGGAUUUGAAGGCCCCUCCUCAGUUGUGUGUGUGUCUUCUCUAUGGAAAGACAGACGUACACACACACAAGAAAGCACUGAGAAGUGUGUGAGGAGUCCUUCUAUUUUUGUGAUGCGUGUACAGUGUAUGAGAAUAUUGAUGGACCACAAGGGGGUGUGCGUACAGGCUCUGACUGGGGGUUCAGUGCAGGGAAGCACUUUUCUGUUGGAUUUUACUCGUUAUUGGACCUGUGAAGUUUGUCGACCGACACAACGUCAUGUUUCGUGGAUAGUGAUUAUCCCAAAAAAUAAGAAAAUAAAUAAAUCUUUGUCCGGCUGGUUAGAUUGCUGCUACGACAGUUAGAGCUAGAUAGUUACAACUAUCGGCUGUUGCCUCAGGGAAAAGUUUGUCUGAUGAUAUUGUGUAUGUGGUGUUUAGGCGUGUGUGUGGCGUAAGCUUACAAUCAUGAGACGGAGAUUGUUUUUGAAGCUCUAGGAUUCACUGUGAUUUCUAAUCAUACUAAAAAACAGCAUAAGUAAGCUAAAAGUCAAACUUUUUAAAACGAUUACCCUAAGAUUUUCAUUCCCUAGCUUAUGUUCAUUAAAAAUAUAAACUCCUCUUAUGAAAUGGUUUGCAUUAUCGUUCAAUGCAUUAGAGAUCUUAAAAAGUACAUACCCAUUAAAUGGCUACAUUUAAAUAAUAGUCAUCGGUGUUAAAACAUUGCUUGAUUAAUAUGAACCUCAAGUGUAGUUUGGUUUUUUUCUUUCUUCAGGGCUAAUUCAAUAUUCUACAGAUGGUAGCAAUAUACAGUAGGAGAAUAAUGUAUAGUCAAGUGUUUUUGAAUGAAAUCCUUCAGAUGGCCAUAAUAGCAGGACAGAAAUGUAAAGACAUGAGAAAGAUGCUUUUUGUAUUCACUAUAAAAACCAAGCCUCGUACCGUUUUGUCACAACCUAUCAUUUCAACACCAGCCGCAUAAGCAAGGGUUUUAGGAUGUUACUUUUCAACAUCACUACAUAUCAUAUCACCUUUUCUGUUGACACGGUGCAUGCUCUCCCCUCAUGCAGGCCUGGAUCGCCCCCUUGUGGAUAAACCUUGUAAAUACCACUUGCUAAGUCUGUACAUAGUUAGAGAUUAAUGUAGGCAAAAUACUAAGAGAAUUCAAUUGUUUGAUGGAAAGAUGCUCUGGAGAUACAGCACUAUAUGCAAUUAGGAGAAGGACUCUUAGGUUGUAUUUAACUAGGACGUGCAGAGGUGGCAAUCCUGGUGACGUGGCUAAGUUGUUUCAAGGAGCACUGAAGAAAACUGUCAGAAUUAGGUUUGACCCUUUCACAACAAAGUCACACAUUCAAAUAAGAUCAAUGUCAUAUCCAAAAAGAUGCAGAUUUUAGUCCAACUCUUUGGUUUGAUGCAUAACAUUAACAUUAGUGCCAUGCUCGGACUCAGAAACCUAAAGAUUUCUACCUGCAAAGGCCCCAUGUGACCGAACAUUCCCAGUGGUGGUUGUGUUGUCCAUUCCAACUGGCUGAGUCUCAUGCAUGCUCCACAAACACACACAACAUUAGUGUGUUCAAUCUUAACGCUCCGGAACCUGACAACUCAGUCCGUCGCCACAGGAUGUGUGCCCUCUCUGUCCGUUCCAAGCUUAUGGAUGUACGUUCUAUUCUCUCUCUCUCUUCUAAAGUCAAUCGAUAAGCUUUUGACAAUUAUACAGUAUAUCCAUAAUGUUUUUAUUUUGGUGAAAAUCUCUCUUCUUUUUUUUUUUUCUUCCUCUGUUUUGUUCUGUUCAAGAUUGUCGAUCAAUGUGUUUCAGAGUUUGCUUUCUAGCUUGUGCUUGGCUCGCUGCACUGGGACGUCAUUUAAAUGAAGCAGGAAUGAGCAAAGUGGACUCCUGGAGACUUUUCCAAGUGCAAAUGAACAAGCUCCCCUUGUUCCCGUGAUUUCAGCUGAGUGAAAACAUAAUAGCCAUUUUCAAACUAACGACGUGGCUUUAACUUCAUGUACAGACAGGGAAGGGACACUGGCAACCGUUCUUUCUUUUUUCCUACUGGAAUAACUUGUCAGUGCGGCCAUGUUUCACCUGGAUCCGUCACCUGAGGGGAAGGAACACGGCAGAGCUGAGUCUCUGUUAAUGGAAAAGCGGUCCCCAGCUCUGUAUUUAAAAUGAAAAAAAAAAGCUACAUCUGCUUUUCCAGAAGCACGGUGUCAAACACAAUCAAGUGAUCAUGAACUAACACUGCCUCAACUGACUGACACAGGAUUUAGCCAAUGGACACUAUCGCAACAGCAUGGGCGUGCCUCUUCAUUCAUCACCCAACCAUCUAACCGCCUCUUCUUCUGCAAUAGCCAAUUACAGCAGGAUUACUCUUCAUAGCUUUAACUUGACAGCCAUUCAGGCUCUGCUUUUUCUGGGAAACCGUGGCGCACCAAGGGCUGAUGGGAGUUUGGCGAGACCGCUGCUUUGGGAAUUCAACAUUUUUGAAGACACGCAUGACGACACAGAAAUGGCUUCUUCUGUCCCUCCCAGAAAAAAUGGACAUCCAGAAGAACUGUGUAUAAAAUUUGCAUAGAAGAUCAUAAGAGAUACAAGUAUUUUUUUCGCCACAGGCAGACGUAGUGACCCGGUGUACAGGCAGAGGGCGCAGUGACUGAUGAGAUGUCGCCUCCUAAAACCCAAAGUGUGACAUUACUUUUCUCACUACUUUGUGUGUUUCUCUCGCAUUGCAGCUCUUGAAAUUUUUACAAAGUAGUUGUUGAAUGACAAAAAAAGUGGACUUUUUACAUAUAACAUCAACACCUACAUCAUCUGUUUCAAAAAGGAAUGCAGGAUGGGGUGAUGGCGGGGAGAGUCUGCUCUGUUGCAAGGGUUCCGAGAGUGAAACCUCACCGAUCUAACUUUGCUAUGCUGCUUGUGAACACGUCGCUGAUUCUCCUCUGUGGGUCAUUUCUUAAAUUUCUGUCAUUUUUAGCUUGUUCAUGGAGAACGCUGCGUCUGCAUGACAUGUCUGGCUCUUGCGUUUUGACACUAAACGGUAACACGAGGACAGUAGACGAUGUUAGGAGAUGUUAAAAUGGACCUGAGCAAUGUGGACGUCUCUCCCCCCUCUCACCCGUCCUCCCCUCAACCCAGGUCAGCAGCUCCACCUCAGUAGCCUUACUAACUGAAACCUCACUCAGCUGGAAACAUUGAACAGAUACCUCAGUAAUUUACAGAAUGACUUUUUACCAUAGCUUUUAAGGGAACCAAACAUAAACUCACACACACACACACACACACACACACAGACACACUACAACUCUCUCCUCAGUCUUUGCAGUGUUAUGACGUCUCUCUCUCAAACACACAAACAGUAAACCAGUUGCCAGUUGUUUUAUGAAGUAGAAGAUUGUCCAGCAGAAUCCUAUUGCCAGUAGACCAGUCAGUUUAUAAGUUGGAUCCCAAUGUUUCUAAAUGUUAACGAUCACUCUCCAGUUUUUCUGCUUUACUCGCGUGAUCCUCGUCUCUGCCUCAUUCUGUACUUUCAGUCUUUGUCGUCUCUACAAACAGGCGACGUGCCGCUAAGCUUCGGCUCUGCGUAUAACCAAACAUACUACCUCUCCCUCCUGCACAUACAUACAAGCAUAUGUUUUGUUUUUUUUGUCGAAGCAUGACUUUUUUUUUUUUUUCAUUAUGAGGCAUCCGUUUGAAUUUUAACACUAAUUUAGAGAGGAUUUUUUGUGUAUAUGUACAGUUUAUUCCUUUUUAUAUCUUUUCUCUUUUCAAAUGCUGGAUCAUUUUUACCUCAGAUCUCACUACAAGCCUAAAAAUCUUAAAGUCAGUACAUCGGAGGCCUCUUGGGCAUCACCAUCCAACUGGACUGGCAUAAAUACAUUUUAGAGUCUCUGCAUGACUGUGUUCACAUAGCAGCUAACAGGGCCCAGAUUUUGUGACACAGAUGUGAUAUUUUCUAGCUCAAGGAAUUCAGCCUCAAUUAAAACAAGAUGAUGCGACCUUAAAUAGAGAAGUUAACUAGAUAUCAGUAUACUCCAAUACUGUAAUACUAUUAUUACUAAUACUAUUGUAAUAGUCUUUACAUUUGACUUAUAAACUUGAGUUUGUAGUGAGACAAUGACGUGAACAAGUCAGAGAGAAGAGCAGCUAAGGUUAAAUAUUUAAUUACAUCCAGGACACGGUUAGCUCAGUUACAGAUAAAAUAUAGAUGUAACAUUAAUGAUACCUCUUUUACACCAAAACAAGCAGGUCCAAGCAACUUAUUUAGACACAAGUAAACCUGCUCAAAAGGGCGAGUGACUCAUUUGUCAUUGCCAACAUAGAAGUCCAUCUUUCUUUCUUAUCUUUCCCCUGGUGCGUCUUAAUCGUCAUCACAAACGCACCGAAAACGGAGAAGCUCUCUUGCCUCGCUGUCUUGUCAAAUUAGAGCCGAUUAAAACCUGUGUCUACUGCAGAGUGAUUUAACCCCAAAUUUAGAUUAAAUUACAAUUAAAAGAGACGAUGGGUUGAGAAAGUCUUUGCCUAAUUCAGAUCCCGCUGGGACAGAGAUGAAAGCUGUUAUGUGAACGCAGCAUGAAACCUCAGUGGAUGUGACGAGACGUGUGUCCAGACCAACGAUGCACUGAAAGAAUUUGGAGGAAACGGGAGGCAGGCGGUCCUGCCUCAGCAAAGCAGAGCCUUCAAAAAUACUUUGAGGCUACUAUACUAACAUGUUAUGUCGCAGUAAAAUGCCACCUGAUUGGCAGAGGACUCAUUUGUUGUUGGUCUGAUGGGACUCCGCAGAGCCGCCAUUUGUUUCUCUGGGUUUUUUCUGUUAAGAGCUAAAUCGAUGUCACACAGUUCAACACCCUCCAUCAGGAGUGUUCGAAACGCUCAGCUUGAUGAAAAACGGAGGCAUCGAUACGUACUGAUUCAAACUAAAUAAAGGGAGUGGUAGUUAAACUUCGGUAGCUGCUCUGUCCUAACAUCUGAAAUGUAAAAAGUACUGAACCCGAUGUCCUUCAGUCGGUCUUGUCUCACAGGCUUCCUGUGCGUUUCUCUGUAGCUGUUUUCCUUUAAAGGUCUGAAAGGCUUUGUAACAUUGGGAUCCUGUUUUAGAUGUUCUAGAUACAAAUAGUGUGUAAUGUAGUUUUGUUCUGCUCAGCAGCCAGAUAAGUGUCACCCACCCACUCUCCCCCCGUUUCUCAGCACUCUGCCUUCUUCUAACCUCUCACUCAGCUUCCACAUCACCAGGCCUUCAACACAUAUGCUGUGAAUGACACACGGAGCCUUCAGCGAUCACUCUUUGUAUAAUGAUGAUAUCACCUCUCAGCUCACAGCAUGACGACGUCACGGCUCCUCUAAGGUUCAUUUAACACGAUCAGCUGCUGUUGACGGACAGAUAUGCAAAUAUCACAGAGUUCAUUCAGUGCGUAGAAAUAUUUCAUAAUGUAAUGAUAAAUGUUUUUGGGGAAUCAAGGUAGUCAUUGGAAAGAUAUGGCACUUUGGGGAAAAAGAUGAAAUAAUAUGAUGUGACACCCAAUCUGCCAAUAUAGAAGAAAGAUUAUUUGUUGUUUAAUGUUGAUAAUGAAAUUAGCUGUAUCCUGAAAAAUGACAGACUGAAUGAAAACAGACUGAAAAUUGAAUCUUAGAUGGUUUGACAGAUUUUUGAGUGAUAGUGGCCGUAGUUAAAGUGCCCAUAUUAUGUCUUUUUUUUUUUGUAUUGUAUAAAGUUAAAGAAAACCCCUUGGUAGUUACUUUGCAACUACGUCACCAAGUAACAUGUAAAACUUGUUUGCAGUGGUGGUUCAGGUGUAUCACCCGAUCGUUACUGUAGCAACAGAGCUGAUUAGGAAGCAUCUGUGUAAGAGACGGAACAUUAAGCAGUUGACCGAUCACAAAAGAGUUGUUUCAGACAGGGCUGCAGCAGCGUAGGGUCUGAAACAAGUGACUGUAUUUAGAAUAUUACAGCAUGUAAAGAUAAUCUAGGAGACCCCAAAUACAAAUGAUGAACCUGAAUCUGUAAAUGAUACAAUGUGGGCACUUUAAGGUCUUUGGCUCCUGCUGAUUGGUUGAACCCAGCGAGAGCAGGGGGAUAGAAAGUUUCUCUUCUGCCAGAGCAGAUGAGCAGAUACUCUCGAGGAUACGUCAUCAUCUGUCGCUCUGGUUGCAUUUCUCUGCUACCUCUUUAAAUAUGCGCUUGCUCAUACACGCAUGCACUUAAACAGCUGCACUCACACAUGAACAUACACUUCUGCUGACUGACUGAAAAGGUCGGACAGUGAACACAGCACACACUCGCUGAUCAACCCACACACGGCGCACACUUGUGUGCACUUCUUUCUCCCUCACCAGCAGUUAUUGCCAAUGAUGCACUUGUGUAUUUGUCUCUAAAUGCUCUGCAAAGCGUGUGAUGUCAAAAAAAAUGAUCUGUUGUCAUCUUUUUUUUAACUCUGAUCUCUAUAGUAAGACCUGGACUAGCCAGGUGGUUAGAAAUGAAUUGAACAUUAAUUAGUUCAGUUCAUACAGAAAGUUUCAUGUCUUUAAAAAAAAAAAAAAACAUAAAUGCACAUAUUGCUCAGCUCAGUUGUACCUUGGUGUGCCUAGAACCCACAGCCUUAUUUUGGGACAAUAUCAGGGGUUUUAAAGCAGAAUACAGGACGAUCCGCCCUCGUAUUACUGGUGACAGUUUCAUUGAGUUUUAGUAGCUGUUUUUCCUCUCUUCAUAUCCACACAUUUGUUAAUUUCUUAAAUUGUUGUAUCAGUUGUAGGAGUCAGCAGUAGCGUGCUCGUGGGAGGUGUUGUCUGUGUGUUUCUCUGCUGGUUGUUCUUUUAUUUAUUCCCCUUGAUUGUUUUCCCUUUUUUUCCCCAGAAACAUAUAAACCCUAUCUGGUUUCUAAAAAUAUACUCGUUUUGAUUCGUGCUGAUGCAACAGUUUAAAAUGAAAGAUUUUGAUUAAUUAUAGAACAUCCAGCAGCAGACCUCUGGCCUCCCACAGCACGGCCUACUCAUCAUUAGGAGAACAAAAUCAGAAAUGCUUCAAAUCAGAGUUUAUCUCAGUAGAGUCCCAAGAUAAGAUACCUUUACCCUCACCCAUGCACACCACAUUGCAGUAAAACCCACCAGACCUCAGUGCUUCUAGCAGAAACUCGUCUUUUAAACAUAUACAGUUGCCAUGGCAUCGCUGUUGAUGGCAUCAUCAAUAGCCCCAUACCAUAAUAAAUAGUGUUAUACAUACAGUACCUUAACCAAUGUCUCUCUUUGUGGUUAAAAAUCACCGCCUGUUUUUUGUGUUGCUCUUUUUUUCUUUUUUGCUCUUCUCUUUGAAGUUGAUCCAUUGUACUUUGAUUACAUGCAUUGUAUGUAGUAAAAUACUGAUGAUGUUUUGGGGAAAUCACAAAUAAAACAGCUGUACAUAAUGAUGCAAAACGC